AUGAGGCUUCCUUCCCCUGGUCCCGUUGAGCCCAGGCAUCGUUUAUCUAGUCAAACCGAUGACGCAAACCGGAGGAGAUCUCUGAGAAGCCGAGACGGUAAAGAUCUGGAGAAGGGUUUACAUGGGUCCUUUCAGUAUAGGAAUUGGAAUGGCAAGUUCCCUACCCUGAAAGUUGUGCUGGUUCUUAUUGUGCUCGGAACUCUCUAUACGCUCUACCGUUCACCAGCAGUACAUAUUGCAGACCAUCCAUCCAAUAACAACUCUAGAUGGACGAGAGAGCUGUCAAGUGCAAUUGAUCCUCGCUAUAUAUCUACAACGGAGAUAAACUGGGACCACAUGUCCGACGUUGUUGAGAAUUUGACUGGAAAGGCCGAGUAUCAAGGGGUUGGUUUUAUAAACCUUAACGAUGAUGAGAUUGAUCAAUGGAAGGAGCUGAUACCUGACUGUGACCAUGUUGCAUUGCGCCUGGACCAUAUGGCAACUAACAUAACUUGGGAAUCCUUAUACCCGGAAUGGAUUGAUGAAGAAGAACAAUUUGAAGUCCCCACUUGCCCUUCUCUUCCUUGGAUUCAAGUUCCUGGCAAGCCUCGGAUUGAUCUCGUCGUCGUCAAGCUUCCAUGCAACAAAGCAGGAAAGUGGUCGAGGGAUGUUGCUAGAUUACACUUGCAACUUGCAGCUGCUCGAGUGGCUGCGUCUUCUAAAGGGCUUCACGAUGUGCAUGUACUUUUGAUAACUGAUUGCUUUCCCAUUCCCAAUCUUUUUAUUGGAAAGGAGCUUGUUGCCCAUCAAGGAAACCUAUGGCUGUACAAGCCCAACCUUCACCAGCUGAGGCAAAAGGUCCAGCUGCCUGUUGGUUCCUGUGAACUUACAGUUCCUCUUAAAGCUAAAGAUACUUUCUACUCAGCAAGCGCAAAGAGAGAAGCAUAUGCCACAAUAUUGCACUCUGCUAACUUUUAUGUAUGCGGAGCCAUAACAGCGGCUCAGAGCAUUCGCAUGUCUGGCUCUACACGUGACCUGGUGAUACUUGUCGAUGACUCGAUAACUGAGUACCAUAGAGGUGGCCUGGCUGCCGCUGGAUGGAAGAUCUAUUCCAUCGAAAGGAUCAGGAACCCGAAAGCUGAAGCAGAAGCGUAUAACGAGUGGAACUACAGCAAGUUUCGUCUUUGGCAAUUGACUGAGUACGACAAGAUCAUCUUCAUCGAUGCUGAUAUGCUUAUCCUCAGGAACAUUGACUUCCUCUUUGAGAUGCCAGAGAUAUCCGCUACGGGAAACAACGCCACGCUCUUCAACUCCGGUGUGAUGGUAGUUGAGCCAUCGAACUCCACAUUCCAGCUACUGAUGGAUCACAUCAACGAGAUCGUGUCGUACAACGGAGGAGACCAAGGCUACCUUAACGAAGUAUACACGUGGUGGCAUCGGAUCCCGAAACACAUGAACUUUCUGAAGCAUUUCUGGGAAGGUGAUGGGACUGAGAUGAAGGAGAUGAAGACACGUCUCUUUGGAACCGAACCUCCUGUGCUCUACGUCCUACAUUACCUCGGUAACAAGCCUUGGCUAUGCUUCAGAGACUAUGACUGCAACUGGAACGUCGAAAUGCUGCAGGAGUUUGCAAGCGACGUAGCACACAAAACCUGGUGGAGAGUGCACGACGCCAUGCCUGAGAACCUGCAUAAAUUCUGUCUGCUGAGAUCGAAACAGAAGGCGCAGCUGGAAUGGGACAGGUUGCAAGCUGAGAAAGGAAACUUCACGGAUGGACAUUGGCAGAUAAAGAUCAAAGACAAACGACUAGAGACUUGUUUUGAAGAUUUCUGCUAUUGGGAGAGUAUGCUUUGGCACUGGGGUGAGAAGAACUGGACUGGGAACAAUUCUACUAACUCUUUAUCACCGCCACCAGCUCUUAAAGCUCAUCUCUCUUCACUGUAA